AUGGAAUCCGACCUUGUUCGCGCCGUUGAGAUCGGCGCCAGCGCAGUAGCCGAGGACUUCUCCCUCUGGGGCCUGUUCCUGCAGGCCGACGUCAUCGUCAAGGCCGUGAUCGUGGUCCUUCUGAUCGCGUCGCUCUGGAGCUGGGCGAUCAUCUUCGACAAGAGCCUCCGCUAUGCCCGCGCCCGCCGCCUCGCCGUCGAGUUCGAGCAGGCCUUCUGGUCCGGCGGCUCCCUCGAUCAGCUCUACGACGAUCUCUCCACGAAGCGCAGCCACCCGAUGACCGUGCUGUUCGCCUCGGCGAUGGACGAAUGGCGCCGUUUCGCGAACCGCGGAACUCACCUCUCGGCGGACCGGCUGGAAGGCCUCCAGCGCCGUAUCGCCUACGCCAUGGAUGCCGCACUCAACCGCGAGCUGGAUCAGCUCGAGCGCUACCUCGGUUUCUUGGCCACGGUGGGGGCAACCGCGCCCUUCGUCGGCCUGUUCGGCACCGUCUGGGGCAUUAUGAACAGCUUUCAGUCGAUCGCGGCGAGCAAGGACACCUCGCUCGCCGUGGUGGCGCCGGGCAUCGCCGAGGCGCUGUUUGCGACGGCGCUCGGCCUGGUCGCCGCCAUCCCGGCGGUGGUGGCCUACAACAAGCUCAGCAGCGACCUCGACCGCUAUGCCGGCCGACUGGAGGCCUUCGGCACCGAGUUCCGGGCUCUUCUCGGCCGUCAGCUUGAGGAGCGCGCCGUCUGA